AUGUCGGACAGAUUGGAGUCCGUGUCGCCAGGAUUGAGGCCGUUGAAUCAGGAAGAUUACAGGUGCUGGAUCUGUUUGGGUACGGCGGACGAGCCGCCUCCUCAUAAUCAGAAAGACCACCAUUGGUGCCGGCCGUGUCGGUGUAAUCUGGUAUCGCAUCAGACCUGUCUGUUAGAAUGGGCAGCAGAGGUCGCUUCAACUAAUCCGCGGUCGUUGCUGUAUAAUUCGGGGCCGAAAACUCCCCAGUGUCCUCAGUGCAAAUCCGCUAUUCAUAUCGCCAAGUCCAAGUCGUUAUUUAUUCAGCUUCGUGACCGGAUUGAAGCGGCCAAUGCUAGUGGGUUCCAGCUGUUUUUUGUCACUGUGAUUGGCGGUUCUAUCGCAAGUGCCGUGUAUACUUCUUUGUAUGCCCUUGGUGCUGCUUCCAUACGAUGUAUAUGUCCUAGAGACAUGGCCCUGCCGUUAUUGGGCAUUUCAGUCACUGACCAGUUUGUCCAGAUUCAACCACUGUCGGUACGACGAAUGCUGCUGGUCCCGUCGAUUCCAAUAGUAUUGCUAUUAUCAGGAAGUCGGUCGACUUUUGCUGAUGUGGUUACGUUAUUAAUGCCUCUGACAUUGUCUGAUGGCGACCAUUUACCGUGGAAAUUGACUGGCCCAAGACUCACAAUGGCAUUGCUACCUCUGGCGAGAAUCGGAUAUCAUGUUCUUUAUGACUCGUUAGUCGAGCCUAUUAUCCAGUUAUGUGCCGCGAGGAUUCGUCCUUCAUUUAGUCAAGGUCUGACUGGUCGUGGCGAUGGUGAAGGUGCUGGUGUGGAAUUGGCUUUUGACGAUGACGAUAAUAACGGCGGUCCGUUGCGUGCGCUGGGUGUAAAUUUUGAAAUUGUGUUACAUGAUGAAAAUGCUGGUGGUGCUGGUGAUGAUCCAGCUGGCAAUAUUGGUGACGGAAUUGCGGAUGAAGAUGGAAAUAACGAUAAUAUGAAUGGACUAGCUGGUGCGGGUCCAGAUCAAGCCGGACGAAGAGGAGGACGGGUUGGUCAGAGACGGAAUAUAUUGACACUUCUUUUAGGAAGACUCGGAGUUCUAGUUGCCAAUGCGUUAGAUCGAGCUGUUUUGCCAGCAGCAGCUGUCGAUAAUGCCAUCCCACCUGUUAUCCAGGAUGACGACGCAAUCCCGCCUGUUGGCCAGGAUCAAGUGAAUGGCAAUCUCGACGACCCCUUGGCCGGUCAGUUAAACAAUGCCAAUCAAGACAACAACAAUAACAACAACAACAAUAUAGCAAACGGCCAAGCCGAAAACAACAAUGGAGGACCUGCUGAUGCGAGGUUGGUGCGACGACAACGGGCCGCCGACUGGGUUUUCAGUUCUCAGGGCUGGUCGCUGCGGGCUGGAAACACCCUUCUCCUGCCACUUUUCAGCGGCAUCAUGGGCUCAGGGCUCAGUCUGAUCCCUGCUUUCCGCCGCCUCGUCCCCGACAAGUUCAAUCGCAACAUUAUCGGCGGCAUGCUCAUUAUUGUGCUGCGAGACCUCGUCAACAUCGCCACUGCUCUACUCAGAGUUCGCCAGGAAAACAGUCGCCGUGUCCUCGACUACGUCGAGCUCGCUGCUAGGGGACUGGAUUAG